GCCUGCGCGUCGCGGGCGGGGCCUCUGGGGCGGAGCGGCCACCAUCUUGGAACGGGAGGCGGAGCAGAGCUGACUGGGAGCGACCGAGCGGGCUACCGCCGCCGCCAUGAACCCCGAAUAUGACUACCUGUUUAAGCUGCUUUUGAUUGGUGACUCGGGCGUGGGCAAGUCAUGCCUGCUCCUGCGAUUUGCUGAUGACACAUACACAGAGAGCUACAUCAGCACCAUCGGGGUGGACUUUAAGAUCCGAACCAUUGAGCUGGAUGGCAAAACAAUAAAACUUCAGAUCUGGGACACAGCUGGUCAGGAGCGAUUCCGGACCAUCACAUCCAGCUACUACCGGGGGGCUCAUGGCAUCAUUGUGGUAUAUGAUGUCACCGACCAGGAAUCCUAUGCUAACGUGAAGCAGUGGCUGCAGGAGAUUGACCGCUACGCCAGCGAGAACGUCAAUAAGCUCCUGGUGGGCAACAAAAGCGACCUGACCACCAAGAAGGUGGUGGAUAACACCACAGCCAAGGAGUUUGCAGACUCUCUGGGCAUCCCCUUCCUGGAGACGAGUGCCAAGAACGCUACCAACGUAGAACAGGCGUUCAUGACUAUGGCUGCUGAGAUCAAAAAGCGAAUGGGGCCUGGGGCAGCCUCAGGGGGCGAACGACCCAACCUCAAGAUCGACAGCACCCCUGUGAAGCCGGCUGGUGGUGGCUGUUGCUAGGAGGGGUACAUGGGGUGGGACAGGAGGGGGCACCUUCUCCAGAUGAUGCCCCUGGAGGGGCAGGAGAUGCCUCCCAUUCCCUCUCCUGGGGCAUUUGAGUCUGUGGCUUUGGGGUGUCCUGGGCUCCCCAUCUCCCUCUGGCCCAUCUGCCUGCUGCCCUGAGCCCCCGUUUUGUCAGGGCCCCCAAGGGAGGACAUCCAGGACCUGUGGCUGGGGUAAGGCAGGGACUUGCUCUGCUGCUGCCUCUAGUAACUUUAAAGAUGCCCCACCACAUACCUUUCUUUGGAACGAGGGCUUCUCUGUCUGUCUGCCUCCCAGCUCCCGUGUAUGCUGCACUGGGUUUCUCUCUUUCCUCUUCUUCCUUCUCUCCCGGCUUUCCAAGAGCUGAGGGACUCCCUGGCCUCCGCUGCCCCUGGCUACAGUUAAUGCCUGGGACCAGGAGUGUGGCCAUGGGAUCCAGGACCUGGGAUCCAGGGUCCUGGGCCGGACCUCAGGAUGGGCAUGGGGGCCACAGGUAUAGCAGCCCACCCUUUCCUCUCCCCUCUCUUCCCUCCCACCCCUCCCACACUAACAGCUCCAGCCGUCCAGCUGCGGUGGGGUCUGAGCACAUCUAGGCAGGUGGGCGGGCAGCUGCUCUGGGCCUGUGUCUUAAGCCCAGAGGGAGCCUGCUCCUGCCGCUCCCUGCCCUGCCAGAGCCAGGCCCAUGCGCUGCCUGCCCACCGUGCCCCUUUGUCCGCAUGGCAGGCGGAGGCGGAAGGCCCACCGUGCCAGUGGCCGGGCACCAGCCUUAACCCUCACUCUGCCAGCACUUCCUCCCUUUCCCUGAGGCAGCACAUCUGGCUUAUUCUCCCUUUCCAUCCCCUGGAGCCUAAGAGGGCAGAUCCUCAUUCCCUGCGGCUACUUCUCCUCUGGGGAAUGUGGGUGCACCCCAGGGCAGGGGGCCUCUCUGCUCACCCCUACCUCCACCCAGGAUCCUAGCCUCCUGCCCUCUGACACAGCUGCUUCCUGCAGAAAAACAAACAUUUGGUCUCUACCUAAGAAGCCAUGUCCCUUGUGCUGUCUCUUGCCUGUCCCACCUGUGCCCUGCCCUCCAGCUUGUAUUUAAGUCUCUGGGCUGCCCCUUGGGGUGCCCCUCACUCCCACGUUCCCCUCUGGUGUCAUGUCAGGCAUUUUGCAAGGAAAAGCCACUUGGGGAAAGAUGGAAAAGGAAAAAAAAAAAUCAAUAAAUUUCCACUGACCCUCUGGUGAGCUGAGGGUUUUUGCAAGGAA